AUUGUGAGAGAGAGAAAGAGAGAGAGAGACUGGAAAAAGAAAAGCAUGCUUUUGAAAAGUAAAGAACGACUUUAACGAAGAAAGCAUGGUUUUGAAAAAGUAAGAACUACUCUAAAGAAUCUUUUAUCAAUCAUAAUUCUAAGGUGUAGCAAUGGGAGUCUUCCAUGUAUUCACGAAUUGGGUGAAUUAAAUUCAAUUGAGAAGCUGCCAAGUCCAUCAAUGGCGAACAAAGCUUCUUCUUUGUCUUCCGUGUUUUUGUGCUCCCAAUCGAUUUGGGUCGAAGCCCAAACAACUUGCAAUCACCUGGCUUCUUUGUCUUUUGAUUUGACUCACAUUCCAGCCCUAGACACUCCCUGCAACAGGUGCCUCCACCCCGAUGAUAAUUGGUUAUGUUUAUGCUGUAAGGCUGUUCUUUACAGCCGUAAAGUGAACAAGCAUAUGUUGUCUCACUUUCUGCAGAGCAAACAUUGUGUGGUACUAGGCUACUGUGAUCUGUCAGUUUAUUGUUACCCCUGUAAUGCAUAUUUAGAUGCUCAAGUGAUUUUGCCACUGCGUCCUAUUUAUGAAAGUGCUUACAGACUGAAAUUUGGUGAAGACCUUGAUUGGCAGACAGAGGAUAAGGAAGUUGAGGUCUCAACUUCAGGCAAAAAAAUAUCAGUGAGUAGUGGUUCUCAUUAUAAGCAUUCAUUUCAUCGCCAUCCAGAAUUGUCCGUCUUUCUACAAUUGUCUAUAUUGAUGGUCUCCAGGUGAGAGAAAUCUUUCCAUAAACAAAGCACGGUUCAUUCUAAUUGUUAGAAGAAAAAUGGGUAAUGUUCUGUUAAAUAACAGACUGGUAAAAUGUUUAAGGCUUAUCUCUUUGACUUCCCAUGAGGUUAGGAGUGUGUUCAAUGAGCCCCCUGCUGUUAUUUGUUUCUAUUUCUGAAAUUUUAGCAAAUGACUUGGUUGGCCUUGUCUUAUGUUAAAAGACUUAAUAACCUUCUCGUUUGACAUGAAAUGACGGAAAUACUUAGGAUAAUUACACUUACCUCCCCUGUAGGUUGUCUAAAUAACAAGAACCUCUCUCUAGUUUCAAAUAUAAUACUGAUCUCCCCUCUAGUUCAGGUUUAAGUAACACUGACCUCUUUUAAAACUCGAUAAUGUACUUAGGAAACCAGAAAAGGCUAUUUUGUCUAUAAAGAAACAUAUAUUUUGCAUUAAAAGACAAUAAAACUACAAUGGGUAUAAUACUCUAACACCUUCAGGUAAAAGUCAACACUGACAGGAGAGGUUAGUGUUAUACUUGAAACCAUAUGGGAGGUCCCAGGUCCCUAUUAUUUAGCAGGGGAGGUAAGUGUUUCAAUUUUAUACCAUGCAACACAACCUCUCACGUUUGUCCUCAUAACAUAAUCUAACACCCAAAUAUUCUCCUCUAUAGGACCUUAUGUACUCUUCAUUCAAUGUAAUAUUGAAACACUUGCCUCAUAACAUAAUCUAACACUCAUAAUUAAAAUUAUCUAAAUGCGUUUUACCAGAACACUAUCAUACUAAUACGUUUUUUUUGUACCUCGACUUCAAACAUAUCUUAUUUGGACCCGAUAUUUCAUUUAAGAGUAAACUUGGCUUCUGUGGUAAGCUCCGCGCAUAUUAACAUUCAUGAAACCCUUGCACCAAAUCAAACAUCCUUUUUAACAUGUUAGUAACUUAGUAUAUGUCAAUAAUUGAUUGAUUGUCUUUCUUUUAGUCACAUAAAAUCACCUUUUCGUCAACGGCUUUAUAUAUUUAUUUGUGUUCGGCUUGCGAAAAAGUGCUAGUUCCGCUUUCCAGGUGAAUGGAAAGUAGGAGUGGAUGUCGGGUGUGCCAGGAACUGCUGUCGUUCCAGAGUAGAUAUCCGAACAACUAUCCAGUAGGAAAUUGUAGAGAUUAGGCGAUUGAAUGACGGACUGGAAUUACCACCUUCAAGGGUUCUUUUUGCCUUGAAAAAGGACUUUUGGACUAAACUAUGGCUAGUGGAAAGGAAAGUUGUAUUGAAAGUGCAGGACUUCAAAGUAAAGUGCUGGAAAGUAGGAAUAAUAAGUGUAUGACUUGAAUUAAACAUAUUGAAAGUGCAUUACAUGAAUGUAAAGAAAUUGAAGUGCUGUUGGUUGUGUGUGUUGAACAGGGUUUGCAAACUAGCUCUAAGUGCUCAAUUUAUAGGACUUGAUAAGCGCCGAAUAUUGUAUAUUCAAGCGCCCUAAAUUACAUUAACAAAGUCCAGUUAUUAAUUAUUUUAUGUAGAUUAACUCCAUUUGCAUGUUUUUAUGCAUUUUCAGGUUGAAGUGCAAAAAGGAAGCCAAAAAAAUGAGGCCUUGUGGAAUUUUGAACAAAAAGGAUGCCAUUUCUGAUUUUCUGGCAGCGGUGAUCCUGACUUUUGUCGCCAUUUUUCGACCUAGCAAACUCAAGAACUCGACUUCCAUCAUAACAUGAAAGAUUUAGAUCUCUGAAUCAGCUUUCCAAAUCUUCAAGUGGUUCAUCAUUCGGAGUUUAGAGCAGAGAGUUAUGAUCUUCACAACAGAGGUGCGCAGAACUGCCUAGCAGCACUGAUGUACUGCCUUUCUCCCCAUUUUCGACCAACCAGACUUGAGAAUUGGGUCUUCAUCAAAACAUGAAGUUUUUAAAGUACUGAAUCAGCUCUCCAAAUCUUCAAACAGAUCGUCAUUCGGAGUUCGGGGCACAAAGUUAUAGCAGUUUUCCCAAAAUAGGUCAGCGCUGAGCAAGAGGAGCAUGUUGCACAUUGCACUAAGUUAGAGUGCUCGAGAUCACCAAGCGUGUGCUCGAAAAUCAGGCAGAAUGCCCUUCGGAAAUGGCUCAUUUCAGCCCACUUGCACAUUGGUUUCCUCAAUGCCAUCUUCCUUCUUUAUGAAGUGGUUGGAGGUGUUCCUUGGAGGAGAGAGGGUAUUGUUGGAGCAUAAAAGGCUACCCAAAGGCCACAUAUAUCAUUAAGCUUCAUCUUUAGCAAGAUAGAGGAGAGAGAGCAAGGAGAAGGGUGUUCUUGAGUGCUACAGUAGGAGCUCGAAAAUGGAGAUGAGGAUGAUGCUUCUUCCUUCUUCUAGCUCACCAAUGGGCAACUAAACCUCAUCUAGGGAGGUGAUGAAACCCCUCCCUUGUAAGCAUGUGUUAGUAUAGUUUAUUUUUGGGGAUUACAAUGUAUUUUUGAUAGUCUUUCCAUGAUCAAGAGCCUCAUUUUUGUUGUAAUGAAUGUUGAAUGUUUUAAAUGAUUAUUGU